AUGACAGUCAAACGAAAAUCUAUUAAGAGUCUACAAAUACUUUGUAAAUCCAAAAACGUUAAAUCUUGGCUGCCUACGGAUUUUUCAUAUAAUCUAAUAGCAACACUAAAAAUGGGUUUCUUUCAAGAAUAUCUGUCGUCUGACUUGUCUUAAUAAAUAUUUUUUAAUUUUAUUUCCAUUGUGCUAAUGCGGUUAGUUUAUUCAGUUUUCAGUAUAGUAAGUGGUAGUCAGGCUUAAAUUUAUAUGGGUCAACGAAUUUUCACUUGUUUGUCAAGGAGGUCUUUGGAUGAAAAAGAAAAUAGAAAAAAGGUAUGGACAUUUUUAUAGUGAACCCUUGGUAUCCGAGUGCUUUUCACAUAAGAGGCUUACUAGACAAACCAAAUCCCCAUCAAAUAAAUUUAACUCAAUUGCCCAAACAUUCCCCAAUGGCCGAGCGUUGAUUGUAGAUUGUUGAUGAUGUGGUUAUUAUUGUUGUUGAGGCUUACGUGCAAACUUUUAUCUGCAUUUAGAUUUUUGACAUACAAAUUUAUUGUUUAUGCCCAUGAUAAUAUCAAGAAAGAACAUGCAAUUUAAUAAUUAUACAUUUUACGGUCUGUUUGAGUCUAGCCAUUAUACGUGUGAAUUAAAAGAGUGUGCUUGGCAAAAAAGUUGGAAAGAUUUUUCAAUGCACAAGUGCAGUUCCCAACUAUAGUAUUGAUCAUUUCCGCCCAGUUUCGGCCAAAAAAAAAUGUCCAACUAUGUCGGAGGUCGGUGAACUUUUUUACGCGGCCAAAGUUGCGUGUUUGUUUAGGCCCAAAAAUCUCACCGUCGCUUUAUUGCGGUUAUUGACUUUAAACUCAUUUCGCUUCCACGUCUUCAUCUCUUUUAUCUGUUUGGCCCACACACACUUGUCCAUCGGCAUUCUGGGCCUAAUUUCCUUUUCGGUUUUGGGUGUGUUCGCCACAUCAAAAAAAAAGUGGUACCAAAAAUAUAUAUAAAGGUAUAUGGGAAAUGGAAAAGAAGGAACAGAAAUUAACAUAAUCAAAUUUACUUUUGUACGCUGCGAACACGUUUCGUGGCCGAAAGAAGAAAAAGUGAAGACCAUUAUUAUUUAAUUUUCGUGUCAGUCGGCGCAAUGCCCCAACGAACGGCAUUGAAGUAUUGACAAACUGAGGGAUAUCUACACCUGCCAGUUCGUUUGACAAGGUGAGCUUCACAAUGGUCUAUAAACAGAUUUUGGCAAGAGUGUCGAUUGCAACUGAUAUGUUCUACGUUCAAAGCAUUUUAUUGUCUUGCAAUUACGAUUGAUUUACCUAAUAAAUUCGUGGGAUAGGCUUUCUGCAGUUGGAUAAAUUUUAAUAUACAUGUAUAACAUAACUGGGAAUAUAAUUAAAUCUCAGAAUAGUUAUUUAAUUAAAUAAAUAAGAUGCAAAAUUUGUGAAUAACAGAAAUUUUAUUUUCGGCUGGCUUUCAUUUAUUUGCCAGUACUUCCUUUGAAAAAGCUACGAUCAAUAUAAAUUUACUAAACCAUAAUGCCCCUGUGGUCUAGGCUUUCGAUUACAUCAAAAAAUCAAAAUUAAUCAAUCAAAAUUAUAGUUAACAUUUAAAGUAUCUGCCACAGGAUGAGCAUGCGGAAAAUGUGUUGCCGCUUUACAGCAAAUUUUCCUUGGACCACAAAGAUUAAUUCGAUCGGUAAAAAACAAUCGUCUAGGUCCUCAUGUCUUUCCCAGGAGCAUUGUCUUUGGCGUCAAAGAAACCAAGUGGAAAUCGAACAGUUGGCAAAGCUGGUGGGCUACAAGCCCGAGGAAAUCGAUGGCUUUCUUUUUAAUCUUAGUCUACGGAACUAUAAUAAUCUGUUAAAGCCCAAGGGCUAUGGAUGGGAUGGCUGCAAUGUGCCCCUAUGUUAUCCGUAUGUCUGUGAUCGGUACAUGGCCAUAUUCGAUAUUUGUGGCAACAUACGAAAUCCCAUCCAUACAAGGAGCCUGGAUAGUAUACUUUCGUUACUGCAGGAUUACUUGAAUGGUGCUUCCCCUUAUGAUCGAAAGAACUCGCCUAUGGCGUAUCCUUACGAACAGCAGGGGAAACAUCGUUCAAGGAUCGAAAGUGAGAAAGUUUUAAGCGCAGGCGUUGAACAUAGCGAUUUACAAAGUUUGGGAUCAUCAGAUUGGAUCUUUCAGAUCCUUGGCAGUUCAAAGAAAUCGAAAAGCCAGGAAAAAUCGACCUCCCACCGAGAACCGCAAGCAGUGGAGAGACCGGAAUUAAUAUCCGAAUUAGAAUCAGAAUCUCAAAAGGUGAAAAUGUAUAGGAAAAAUAAAGACUUUGGUCGGCAGGCUGUUUUUCUUAAUGAUGAACUAGCCCUAGCUUAUGCCAAGUCUUAUGAUUAUGCGGAAUAUCUGAUGAAAACGUUGGGUCGACAUCGUUUUAGGGACAGCUAUAUAGGUCCUGUGGGGGAUUUAAGAACAGCACGUACUCGCAUUCUUAUAAGAGACUUAAUCGCAAGGAAAGGAAUGAAUAUAAGUGAAAAAGAUUUAAGCAAGGCUUUAAAAAAGGUCGAUCUUGAGUGGAAAGGAACGACACGCGCAGAUAAUAAACGUGAAAUGAGAACCGCCCGGGAGAUUUCCAGGCUUUACAAUGCCAUCGUUCAGACGCCGUCAAAUGACUCUAUUCCUUGGGAAAUUAUAGGCAAUGUCAGAGAGAACUACCCAAAGGUUCCAAAAGCCUCGAAAUCUCCCAGAAAAUACUUGGCCGGCCGACCCUCAUUGCUUUUCCACGAACCUUUUAAUCAAAAAAAAAACAGGACCGGGCAACGGCGAAAUUCAAGGCAUUCCCGGCUAAAUUCCGAUUACAAACUCUCAAGUGCAAGGAUUAAGCGAUAUUUAAACACAUCCAUGAAGAAACCAAUAGAGCCGGUCGAAGAAAAUUCAAUCUAUUCGACAAGGAGUGAAGGGGAAUGAUUGCAGAAACGAGAGUCUUAAAAUCCCUUGCCAGGUGGUUCCAAAAUGUGUUUGUAAAUGGGCAUAAUGUAAAACGGUUUUUUUUUUGCCACUAAUUUUCCCAUUAUCCCAGCAUGCUUAGAAAAUUACAGCAGAGAAAUCAUUCAAAAUUUUAGUUUGGAACUGGCAACCAAAAAUUUGUUCUUUCUUAAAUACCU